AGGAUCUCUGGCUGCCUGAUAACUUCCUCUCUGUCUCUCUCCGCUGCUCCGUUUGUUUCUCUGUCACUUUACUUUCAGCAUGUUGACGUUGAGAAGCUCUUUACUGAGAUCAGCUGCUGCGCUGGUCACACCUGCUGCUGCUGCUCAGCCUCGUGUGCACCUGUCCACCGGCCCCCAGCAGAAACACAAAACCUUCUAUGAGUUCCGCACCUACUACAUUCGUCCAGACCAGAACACCGCCUUCCUCAAGCUGACCAAUGAGAAGAUCCACCUGCGCACCGCCCACUCUGAGCUGAUUGGCUACUGGAGUGUCGAGUAUGGCGGCCUGAACCAGGUCUUCCAUAUAUGGAAGUAUGACAGUUACUCUCAGCGGGCAGGAGUUCGGGCAGCCCUGGCUCAGGACCCCUCCUGGAUCUCAGAGUACAUCUCCAAGGCGAUGCCGAUGCUGACAUCCCAGUACAACGAGGUCACCUACAUGGUUCCCUGGAGCCAACUGCAGAGGCCGCCACAGGAGGGCGGUGUCUAUGAGCUGAUUUCCUACCAGAUGCGUCCCGGUGGUCCGGCGGUUUGGGGCAAGGCCUUCCAGGCUGCUGUGACUGCCCAUGAUGCACCGGGGUAUGGCAAGUUAGUGGGAGCUUUCCACAGCGAGUUCGGCCAGUUGAACAGAGGUACAAAUCGAGUUCACACCCUCUGGUGGUUCGAGAGCGCCGACCAGCGCGCCGAGGUACGACACAAAUCCCACCAUGACGCCAGAGUGGUCGCUGCAGUGAGAAACAGCGUCGUCCAUCUUGACUCUCAGAGCAAUAAACUCAUGUUUCCCUGUCCUUUCUCUCCGAUGAAGUAACUUCCUGUCACAUCCUGUGUUCCCACGGCAACAGAGACAAACACUGUCAACACGACUUUAACAUCAAGGGAGGUGCAUGUCAGGCCACGCCGUAGCUAUGGCGUCAGUUCAGCGCACAAAUAUAUAUCAGGCUAAAUGCUGAUCUUAGUCUCGUCCUCUGUGAGCUUCUGUGCUAACCACUGAUCCUUUACAAAACUUUGCUGAUGUAAACUUUUCAUUCAGAUUUAGCUGUAGCCUGUGUUAAAGGUCAGUCAGUGUGCGAGUGACAGUGGCAGCAGCCAAUCCUGUGAGGGUUGGAGGAGGUGGGGCUUCUCUUUGGUUUACAUUUCAGUGGCUGAUGAUUGGUCCUUUAAACCUGAGCCAUGGUGUUAUAUUUGUUCUGCAUGUAAAAACAUGACUGAAUAAUAAAGUGAGAUAUAAACAUC